UGGGCGUUAAAAAGGAUCGUCUCAUCCACAUGGAAUUCACGCCUGUUUUCUCUCGCGUCAUCCAGCCUGUCUUUCUUUUAUCUUAGCCUACUUUUUGCUGUGUACUAUCAAGAUUUUUACCUGACGUAAAUUGCCUAUCAUGGGUGGCCAAGCAGACAACACCAUUGACGAUGAUGCCGGCUCGACAGUGAGCUUCGAGGAAGUUGACUACCGGCGCACCACCAAGCAAAGCCAGGCCCUCGUAGCCAGAGGAAGCCUGGAAAGGGAGACACCGUCAGACAUUCUAUACGUUCUGCAAUACUUGGGCAUCGGUGGCAAAGUCAUCGACAGUCGUGAGAGCAGUAAUCCAUUCAAGGAGAUCCCCGACUAUGGGAAGAAGGAUGGCGAGACCACUCAGCGGACUGUCAAUUCCGUGCUCGAGAUCGUGACAAAAGUCAACACCAGCGCCAAGAUCAGACGCGUGCGUCGUCAUCGGUCUCCGCAUAUUACCUAUCCCGACGAUGAUUACACGUCGGCGUCUUCGGACAGCGAGGAUGAUGAGCGCGCUAAGGCUGGAAAGAUCGAACGCACGCAGAUGAUCAUCCACUCGCCACAUCUCAUCAACGCAUUGAGGGCGGUCGUAGCAUACUACCCCCACGUCAAUCUUCUAGGAGACACGGUGACCAUCGAUGCUCCUUACCGAGUUAUCGUGCACCACCUCGACGCCCUCAGGCAGUACAGAUUCCAUCAGCCUGCCAGCCACUCCACCGAGUACGCUCGUCUGACGGCGAACCACAUUGAUGUUCUUUUGAGUUUCAUCGAUCAGGCUGUCGGGGAGUCUAUCCGGACUGAACAAGAACGACAUAGUCGCAAUGUCCCAGUCGCGACGUUCCAGAACUAUUGGAUGGCUCUGAAGCCAGGUGAGGUUAUCUAUGUCAACCACGACGACCUCUGGGAGCCCCACGUCAUCAGCAGCACUUUCCAGGACGUCACUUUGAGUGGUCGUAACCGCCACUUGCAGGUAAUUGCUUGGGUCCUCGAAAUGGGCCACAACCGAAUGAAUCGAAAGAUGUCCCAGUUCACCAUCCCUUCGUGGACCGGCGAGCAGAUCAUCCCUUCUCUGAAGAUCAUCCCAGCUCGCUUCUUCCAGGAUGACCCGCAAGCAAUGCUCCGGAAGCAGCUCAGGCUCGGGAAGCUGUACUGGGAGCUUCUCCAACGCCCAACCUAUAUGGAGUACGACGGAAUGCUUGUGCAGGCUCAACCUGGAUCUCACUCGGGCCCAAUCUUCAGUCGUGGCCCGUCGGGCUAUAUGACUGGCCGAGUGAUUUGCGAUGCUGAGGGCUUCGGUCGUUUCAACUUCCGUGCACCAGAGAACCGGAACGGCCCACCGGGCCCGCCACGUGGGGUAGUGCCCCCCGGCAUGAUGCCUGUACAGCAUCAUGGACCGCCGCCUGCUCAAGACCAUCUCCCGCAUUUCCUUCCACGUUGCGGCUGCAAGGAAUGUACCAAGGAGACCGAUCGCACCGACUUGUCACCGUUCGCGGGCUUUGACGACAUCAACCCCCUGACAUCGCCAGCCCCUACUUCCGAUGUUUUCUACAUUGCCUGCACCAACAUCAUUCCGGCCUUCCUUCUCGGCGAUCGCCGUUGGGGCCACUUGAACCUCGACCACGUGAAGCCCGUCAUCACGGACCGUGAGGCAUUCAAGUAUCUCGUCCUGGACGACGAGAUCAAGAUGACAGUCAAGGCCCUCAUCGGCAAGUUCGCGGCAGCAGAGUCCGGAAAAGUCUCACCGUGGGCCAACGACUUUAUCAAGAACAAGGGCGAAGGCCGCAUCUUCCUCCUCCACGGCGCCCCGGGCGUCGGCAAGACCUGCACCGCCGAGUGCGUCGCAGAGCUGACCAACCGACCCCUCAUCUCCCUGACCUCGGGCGACCUCAGCGUCAACUCGCACAGCGUGGAGCACAACCUCUCCUACUUCCUCGAGCUGGGCCAGCGCUUCGGCGCCCUCGUCCUCCUCGACGAGGCGGACGUCUACCUCGAGCGCCGCCGCGCAAAAGAUAUUGCCCGCAACGGCCUCGUCUCGGUGUUCCUCCGCGCGCUCGAGUACUACCGCGGUGUGCUCUUCCUGACCACGAACCGCGUCCAGGCGUUCGACACGGCCUUUACCUCGCGCAUCCACGUCGCGCUGCACUACAAGAAUCUAACGGAUGUCGACCGCGAGCGCAUCUGGGCCAACAACUUCGAGCGCCUCGACAGGGACUCGCACGGCCGCGUGCGUGUUGCCAUCGCCGCGCGCGAGUACGCCUACGACUCGCGCGAUGUACGCGCUCUACGCUGGAACGGCCGUGAAAUCCGCAACGCGCUACAGACUGCGCUUGCGCUUGCCGAGAGUGAUGCUGCGGAGGAGGACACCGACCGUAUCUGCGUUACGGACAAGCACCUGCGGGCUGUGGUUAAGAUGAGCCGCGGCUUCAGGGACUACCUUCGUAGUGGAAGUGUGUAUGACGGGGAGAGCGAGGUCGGUGAGAGUGAGGGUGAGGAAGGUGACAUCUAUUCUGACUGAGCUUCCGUGUUUCGGUGUUUCUUGAUGAGACUGGGCUUUGAAGUAUUCGUUCUGGUGGCCUUUUGACUUGCAGACUGGUUAUUCACGAGGACUAUGAUAAGAUUGACAUAAUGAACGCUGAAUGUUGGAUAGUUAGAACAACUUGAUGAGUUAACUAAGAAAUUGACAAAGA